GCGACUGGCAAAGGAAGAGUAAUAUAUGGAAUGUCUCCUGGGUGCAUCGGUGGACUCAGCACAUGUCCAGCAGGACCAACUCUUCGCCCUUGAAUCACUGGUUUAGAUGGGCCUCUUUGUAGUGACCGCCGUUUCUCCUCCCGAAUGGCCCGUUUUGGUUUGUGAUAGCAUAUGAGCCACAUUGCGGUAAUGACAAAAAUGAAUAAGAGUGAGCUAAGAAUUAUAGCCAUACGCGUAUUUCCAGACAGAUUGGAGCUUGUACUAGCGGCAGAUGUCGAUGACGAAGAUGAAGCAACAACCUCCAGGGUCUCAGUAGCAUUUCUGUUCUAUCUGUUAUAUAUGAUGGAUGUUUUGGAGUUGAUUUGACGAGGUCGACAUGUACAUGUUGAUGCAUGAGAGGUGACUAGAGGCGACACAU